AUGGCGGACAAAACGGUGGAUGACAUCUUGUCCCUCCUUUGCAGUCAUACUAAGUUAGAAAGAGACAAGGGACUACAAGCUUUAGAAGAAAAGUUAAAGGACACUUCAAAUUUUUCCUCUGAUUCUCAAAGAGUGACCGAUUUCCAAAAUUCGCUGGCUUCAUUGGUUGAAUCAACCGAUCGCGGCUGGGAAGCAAAGUAUGGAGGAUUGAUCGGAUCCAAGGUUCUUAUACUAAAAAAUCUUGGGUCUGAUGACUUUACCGAGGCCCUUCGAAAACAAGCUUUACGUUUAAUGCACGAUGACGAAGCUCGAGUAAGGAUUGCUUCAGGUGAAACAUUAUUUUCUGUAGAUCGUAGACUUCACAAGGACACUGCAUAAUUUGUUCUCUUGUUCGCUGUCAAUUUUGCUGCAAUUUGAUUGCCAGCAAAAGAGCAAUGAAACAUCAUUCUAAGAUUUGUAAUAAUAUAAAAAAUGAUGAUCAGUUGUAAAAUUAUUCAUCCUCUAAUUUUAAUCCAGAAUACCACAUCUUUAAAGUUUGAAAAAAUUAAUUCUGUUGUUUGUGACAGUGCCAUAGUAAAAUGUGGAGUGAAAACUCCCUCUCCAGGGUAAUCAUUUUGCUUGUCUUGCAAUCAGUGGGAAACUUAAGGUAACAAGAAUCAUAUUGUUAACAUCUCUUCUUUUCCAAUUAUGAGAACAAAAUGUCAGCAAAUAUUUUAGAAAAAAAAAAAUCAGUGGUUGAAUUUUUUUUUUACUAUUUUAAAGCUUCUUUUUUAAAUUUACAGGUGAAAUGCUUGGUGCCCUUUGUACAAGGAAAGGACCGGACAUUUAUGUAGCUUGCCAGGAAGAAAUUUUGAAAAGCGUCAGUGAUAAUCUCGAAAGAAAGUUGCCUGACUCUGAGGAGGUGACUGGAGGACUGAUGCAUAAGUUGACUGGUGGAGAACAUGAUACAUCACAAGAAACUGUAAGAAUUCAAAGGCUUAAGAUGUUAGUGAUAGAUUUGUCAUCAGUUACUCUCUCUCCCUCUAUAUAUGUAUAUGUUGUCUCAGUAGUUAAUUUUUUAUUUCAGUUAAUUUUUAUUUUUCCAUUGUUAUGUUUUUGGGCAUGGUAAUGUAUGCUAAUGAAUUUAAAACAAAAGAAAAACAAAAAUUAACUGGAAUAAAAAAAUAACUGCAACAUAUAUAUAUAUAUGUAGAUAUUAGUUUACUUUUCUCUUCAGGCAUGGGCAAGAGAGUCACUUUUUAAGGGAUUGCCUAGAAUAAAGCCAUGAUUGCCUUACCGGUAUAAUAGAUUCUCAGAUUUCUUUUGUAUGCUUGGUAUUUGAGUAAGAAUUAUAAUAAAAUUAUAUUAUCAAUGUUUAGAUGGAGAGGGGGGUAUGGGCUUUGGUGUGGAAUUUGAACACCUCCUUUGUCUGGGGAUUUUGAUUACAAAUUUUGCCCCAAACUGUGGUUUUGGUAACCCCACAAAGGUAUAUUUUAUCAAAUUUUUCCAGUCCCAAGAGUUGGAAAGUUCACCAAAAAAUACAAACAUUGAUACCUGCAUAACCCCAUGUAAACUUACAAAUGGCACAUGGGAUUUUGUGUUUUGGAGAUGCUUACCGUAACCCAUCUUUCCAUAAUUCAGCAAGAAUUAAUUUACUAAUUCAUCCAAUGACCUGUUUCUAAACUGUAAUUAUGUAUGUCAUUAAUACUUUCAUUAUCUAUAGCACAAGAGAGCUGACGCAGCUCAGAUUUUCCACGAUACGGCAGGCUGGAAGCACCUUGAGACAAGUAUGAGGUAAAUUGUAUUCAGAAACAUUGUAGGCAUAUAAAUACAGGUAUCCCUAAAACUACCGUUUAUCAACCAUUUCCUGUCUUGUCCGUAAAUUUUAGCUUAGUAGGUAAGGGACCAUUCAUGGCUAGUAAGGCAUAGAAUAUGUGGCAGAGGAGCACUUAUCUUGGGGACAGGGGGUAGUGGAGCGAGGGAAAUGGCUUCAGCCUUGCUGUGAAAUUUAGGAGCUAAGUUCUCUGAAACGUCAUCCCCUCAUUUUAAGACCUAUUUUACAUAAAUCAGCCAUUGCUAUCUUUGGACAACAACAUUUUAAUUCCAAUAAUUUUACUUAUUUUAAUUAUACUUUUAAGUAUACACUUCCAUAUAUUCAUUCAUUACCUUGAUCUGAUCAGAUCACAACUUGCGUAUUUUUUAAAACAACUUAUUCAAGUUUACUUAACCUUCAAGGGGUUGUAGAUUGUAAGUAGUGUUGCCUCAGAUGGUAAAUUUUAUCGGUUACCACCUGAUGAGGAUAACACUGCAUGUUCUUUGACUCUCAAUAACUGCAAUUCAAAGUAGACAGACUGCAAAUUAUCUUAGUUGCUAAAAAAUAUAUAUCUACAUGUCGCCACUGUUCAUCAGUAGGAUGCCUAAAAUGCGUGCAAUUCCACAGUUGGUUUCGGCUCCGUUAAAUCCUAUACCAAUUGCAGAACAUUUUAGGAGGAGCCACCCACCAUGUGAGCACAGUCACGGACAAUGUAUAAGUGAGGAAAAUAAUGCAAAGUAAAAUUAAGACGUUAAUAAAUGAACUAAAUGUACAUGUCAAUUAAAUAAAUAAACAAAUAAUGCGCACGCUUGAAAUAAAAUUGUACGCGCACACGUACCGAGAUACAACUGAAAUACAACACUAUGCAAUAAAUAAGUAAUGUAAGGACAUGAUGGCGCAAUUCAAGCCUGGAUUGCUAAUCUCAUCUCCCUCAGGGCUGCACCAUACUUCUCGACGAUAAGACCAUGGCGACUGAAGAAUUUAUUAAAUGAUUUCUGCAGUAGAUUGGUUUCUGAGUCGUAAUGAGUGUCCACGGAGUCUAUUGAUGAAGUCAACUUUGGACGUGCAAAUUCUAGCAUAUCUCACCAGUUGAGAUAUAUAAACACCGUAAGUUGGAUUGGCGGGAAUGUUGCUGUCCAUAUGAGGAAAGUUGACAAUCCGAAAUGCAAAGUCCUCUCUCUUAUCGUAGAUGCUGAUACAGAAAGGUGUGUUGUCGCCAGUCUUGAUAUUAGUGUCGAGAUAACACACUUCAGUAGAUGAUGUGGAAGAGUCCUUAAGUUCCAAUUCCGAUGGGUAAAUUGCGCUGAUGUAAUUUCCAAAGUCCACAUUGUUACCACUGACUUGUCACUAAGAUACUUUUAAUGCUCAAAUUAGCACCCAUGACACCUGUGUCAAAAGACAGUUAUUUGAAGAAAGUAAUAAUUCAUUCUUCAGAGUUUUAGCCUGGAGGUGGCACUUGUCUUUGUCUUAAAUGAACAAAAACUGGCACUUAAGGCACUCUAUGCUCUUCACUGAUUUUGUUUUGCAGAUGUCUACAAUCCGUUAUAGAGGGAUGCGGCAAAGCCUUUAAUGAACACAUCACUCAGAAUCUACUAGACCUGAUAUUUCAGGCCCUAAAUCACACAAAUAGAUUUGUAAGAGAAACUGGCUACCAGCUUUGUGGAUCUUUGGUGCGGCUGGGAAGACUAGAA